GGAUCGUACUCUCUUUAUUUAAAGUACCAAUCUGAAAACUUCUUUUUAUUCACCUCCCAGAAAUCAAUUAAAUGUAUAUAUUUUGAUUCCAAUUAUUCUAAUUCAAAAUUAAAUGUAUUUGAGUUUCUUCCUGAUCCUAACUACUUCGUUCAUGGGAUGGCAGUGUGUAAACCAUGUAUAAACAGAAAUAUUAUAGUUAGCAUGUGGAAUGGCAAAUUUCAGGAAAAAUCUCAAGGAAAAAUCCUAAAAUUUGUUUGUAGUAGCUUGCGAUUGACCAGUUUCAAACAUUUUGAACAUGAUACUGUCCGGAUGGAUUUGAAAGAAUUGUGUAAAUUUGAAAAUGAUAAACAUAAAAUUUUAUUUACAUUUCCAACGCAUUUAACAGAAAAUGGCAACAAAGACAUUUGUGUUUCGGACUCAGGAGCUCUUGUGGUAAUAGAUGAAAAAGGAGUUUUCAGAUUUCGAUACCGAGGUAUUUCUCAGGAUUCUAACUUCGAUCCAUACGGCAUAUGUUCUGAUUCUGAAUUCAACAUCAUCGUGGCUGAUAUGAAAAAUGACAAAAUACAUAUGAUAGAUCAGAAUGGAGGCUUCAUCUGUUUUCUGUACUAUGAAGGCAUGAAAAUGCCCCGAGCCUUGUGUAUUGAUGAGAAUGAUAAUGUCUUUGUCAGUGAGUGGAAGAAUGAACGCAUCAGGAUCAUUUCUUCUUAG